AUUAAACGAAAGGAGUGAAGGAACGAGAAGAGCCAUGUCAUCUUUGGGGCUGCAGAUUUUAGGAGUUGCCCUCUCCUCCGUUGGGUUGCUUGGGUCAAUCAUGACCUGCGUCCUUCCGAUGUGGAGGGUCACCGCUUUCAUCGGCAACAACAUCGUGACGGCGCAGAUCAUUUGGGAGGGACUGUGGAUGUCCUGCGUGGUUCAGAGCACGGGACACAUGCAGUGCAAAGUGUACGAUUCGUUGCUCGCCCUGUCCCCGGACCUGCAAGCCGCGCGCGCUUUGCUCGUCCUCUCCGUCGUGUUCUCCGUCUUCGGCGUUCUCCUGGCGGUCGCGGGAGGCAAAUGCACCACCUGCAUAGAGAACAAAACCGCCAAGGCAAGGGUUGUCAUAUCUGCUGGGCUGUUGUUCCUCAUCGGUGGACUGCUGUGUCUCACACCCGUGUGCUGGUCGGCGUACACCAUCAUCCGGGACUUCUACAACCCGCUGCUGAUGGACGCGCAGAGACGCGAGCUCGGGGCAAAGUGUGGAGACAUGGCGGCUUUCGGUCUGGAGUUAGUGGGAGUCACACUCUCGGUUCUUGGCUGGCUUCUCAGCGUUGUGUGCUGUGCUUUGCCCAUGUGGAGGGUCACCGCGUUCAUCGGUACCAACAUCGUCACGGCACAGGUGUACUGGGAGGGAAUCUGGAUGAGCUGCGUGGUUCAGAGCACUGGACAGAUGCAGUGUAAAGUGUACGACUCCAUGCUCGCUCUUCCCGCAGACCUACAGGCAGCCCGAGCUCUGGUGGUGGUGUCCAUCAUUGUGGGUGUUCUAGCGCUGUUUGUCGCUAUAGUGGGGGCCAAGUGCACCAACUGCAUUGAGGACGAAGGAGCCAAAGCCCGUGUGAUGAUCAGUUCCGGUGCCGCUUUUAUCACAGCCGCUGUCAUGCAGCUUAUUCCCGUGUCCUGGUCAGCACACACCGUUAUUUUGGAGUUCUACAGUCCAGUUGUUCCAGAAGCUCAGAAGAUGGAAAUAGGGGCUUCGCUGUACCUCGGCUGGGCCGCCGCGGCGCUGUUGCUGGUUGGAGGCUCCAUCCUGUGCUGCAGUUGCCCACCUAAGGAUGAGACGAGGUACCCGCCUCAAAGUCGUAUCGCCUACUCAGCCCACCAUUCAAUGGCUCCGAGCACCUACAACAAGAGAGACUAUGUCUGAGGACUUCAGAGGACUCUCGCAUUUUACUGUCUGUCUUUCAUUUUGAAAGAUAAUUAUGAGUUGAGUUGGAGGUAACUCUAAAUUUUGUUUACUUUUUGUCCAUGUGAAUGUUUCUACAUGCUGUUGUUCUAUCCAUUGUCACUCCAUUUUUAUAUAUAUAUAUAUAUAUAUAUAUAUAUAUAUAUAUAUAUAUAUAUAUAUAUAUAUAUAUAUUAGUGUCACUUACAUCAAUCAUCUUGUGUAGUACAUUGUUUGAACUGUAUGGUUCAAAUGUGUAAGUUAAUUAAUAUGGGAAAAUAUCUGUGGUCUUUGUCUUAUUUUUGUAGUCUUUCAUUUUGUGUGCUUUCAUUUACUGUUUAGCUAAAGCUUUUUGAGAAUUAAUGUUUUUAUACUUUCAUUUAAAAGAGCAACGAUGACUUAAAACAAAAUGAAAAAUCUUGUACUAACAUGUUUAUACUUGGCUUGACCUGCAAUCAACUCUGUUAAUGUUUAGUUGUGUAUAUGUUUUUUUUUUUCAGCGGCAUUCUCAUUUUUUUUGAUACACUUAAAAUCGGACAAACAACUUUCUAUAUAUGGAAAAUAUCUACAAAGUAACUUUGGACUUUGGCAAUGACCAACAGCCAGAUCUUUUUCUACAGUCUAUCUGUGUGUGUUACAAAAUAAAGUACAAUUGGAUGUAUGCAAAACUGAGAAAAUGGGAAAGCAUUUGUUUUGUUUCUCUCAGUAGAGAGACGCCAACACCAGACUGGAUUCAGCCCCUAAGUUUAAGUUUGGACGACACAACAGAGAAACUAUGAAACUGUAUGUGCAGGCACCUCCCAAAGUUUCAUUAGUUUAUUGGUCAUGUUUGUUAAUCACAAAAUAAUUGUAACAUGUAUUUAAAUACAUAUAAUUGAUUUAUGAUUGAAUUACUGAUUAUGAAAAACUGAAUAAAUAAAUGAAUUUUCACGUGUUUAUUUCA